UUAUUUUGCACGUGUGCUUAGUAAAUGUUCGAAAAUUGAGAGCGAUGCGUGCAGUUAGUGUAUUGACGAUGCUGUUAGUAAUAAUACUGUGGUCAGGAGUCACUGUUAUAUACUGUUACAAAGUCAACUUAAUGUGCAACUUGCUUGCACUUGCUAUAACAGCUUUUGUGGGAAUUAUAUCAAUCACUGUUGGGUUCACAUCGAGACCAUUGUCAGACAGAGGAUAUUUUGUGCUAUACCUGAUAUCUGUGGUAUUAAUCCUAAUAGGAUUUGUCUUCUACCUUAUUUUUCAAAUAUUCCGUUUUCCAUACAAUCUAGUUAGUGGCACACUCGUCGUCAUUGGAGAAGCGCUUGUUAUAUACUAUAAUUCAUCAUGGCUGAGAUACACUACAGACACAACACUGAAAUCAGCGAUGUUUAAAACCUAUCUGGAAUGCUUCUACUUAAUAGGAGUAUUUUUAACAAUCGUCAGCUGUGAAGACAAAACAAUAUGCGAUAAACUCUCUAACAAAACUGGAGAUGAGUCAUAGUUAAUCAUCCAGCGAAUAUAUAUGAGAAAUUAAAGUUUUAAUGUGUGCAUUGAUUUCUGUCUUUAAUGAUUUUCUAGAUCCUUAAUAUUCUUUCUAUAUUGAAACCCUACUAAUUU